ACCACGCUAGCCGAGGCUGAGGUCAUCGAGCUUCUCGAUGAUCAUGAAUUCAUCACUCGGUCUCGGGCUUUCAUCUUCUACAGCCCCAAAAGCUCCAAUCAAUCACAAUGAGGACGUAUUCGCGAUUACUGGCUGUAGCAACAGACGCGGGCGCUGCGAAAGGGCCUUUCCGACCUGCUCCAGCAGCGUUACUGCCACCAAUUCCACUCUACAGGACAUUGCUACGAACGCAUCGAAAGGUGCUGCCUGUAGAGCAACGGCUGCUUGGCGACAUGUAUAUCAAGGCUGAGUUCAGAGCACACAAGGACAUCGACAACCCUGUUCAGAUCAUUGGAUUUCUUUCAGAAUGGCAAAUGUACGCACAAGCGUUACAAGGCGAUACCUGGAGAGGAGAGAAGAUGGACAAGGCCAAGAUUGAUAAAAUGAGCGACCAGCAAAUCGGUCAGCUAUACGAGCUGAUGCAAGCGAUUCAGAAGCAAAACAGUGAAGACGCCGAGGUUGAGGAAGCCGACGUCGUGGUGCCACUCGACGGGCCAAAGAAGCCUGAUCAGUGAUGUCCUGGUGGUGAAUAUCGACUGCCACUUCAAUGCUCAAAGACGAACGACGAGGGCCUCACGAUCGACAGCAUGCGUACAAACAGGAUCAUGGACGCUUCACAGAGACCCGAAGAUGUACUAUAUAUGUUCAGCAAA